GAUACCGCUGUUCGCACAUGGAGCAGAGGUAGGUAGGUAAUUAAUUGUAUUGGGGAGGUCUAUUGUAUUCUCAUCUUUAUCUUCAUUUCCUCUCGCUGGCGUGCACCUUCUUGCUUGACCUUGCCGACGACUUUACUCUUUCCACAACUACCUUGGCAUUUUGGGAUUUCCCAGUCACCACACCAUCGCAUACACACACACACACACACGAACUCUUGUUUUCACUCGAACCACAUCAGCUGUUGUAUCCAACCACACACAUACAUACACGCAACCCAUACCGACACUCACACUCAAUUCAACAGCUCGCCAAUCUACUACUGGACUCUGUGUCAUUGUUGGACACCAUCUGAAUGGAGAGUUGCAAACCAAAAGCUUGAAACAAUCUCAUCUGUACAAUCAAUCAAUCUAUCUCUCUACCGUUAUUACACCAGGUCUUCUUCAUUGCACAUUCAACUGACCCUUGUUCACUCCGCAUUUUCCGCCGUCGCUGACCUUUUCGUUUGUCUUGCUAUUUCUUCAUGGCACUUGUAUCAAAUUAUUUCAAUUCACUUUGCCAUUAUCCAGCCCAGAAUAUAAGAUUCGCCUUGACUUGGAUUCACUUGAUUCUUGGCUUGGCUUCACUUGAUUUCACUUGACUCAUCAUAUUGGGCGUUAAUCCCUUUUCUUAGAAAGCCUUCGCAAAGAAAGAACUUGCAACUUCCCCCACAACCACGACAAACCAACAACAUCAAGGUAGUGUAACCCAACUCUUAAUUUUUGCACAGCCUUCUAUAUCUCUUCCUCUCGUGAUAAACCCCGGCCAACCAAAAUUCGCCGUCGUAGCUCAACAUCAUGGCGCCUCACUCUGUAGGUCCUGAACCUGAAGAGUUAUCUCGUGCCAUCAGCGAGCUCGAUUUGACCGUCUUACGCGGGGUCGAUGGAGCUACGGAUGAAUCCGACAUCAAAAUGGGCAAGCGCUAUACAAGAGAUCAGCUGUUGAGUAUUCGUUCAAAGUCGAGCUCCAGCGACGAUGAGAGAAUUCAUAUCAACAUCCCCGAGAUUGCGACCGGUGUAAAAACACCACCAGCCCCCCCAAGAGUCCCACCCCCAACCCCAGACCAUUUAUCAGUUACCCCCGCUUCUGGUACAAACACGCCAGUUGCUAGACUCCCCGUCACUCCUGAAGAGUCCGACAAGAAGGAGGAAGGCGCAGUUAAUGGAGGCGCAGAGGGUGACGCAAAAGUCACUGAAGGUGGAGAGGGUGAACCCAAGAAAAAGAAGAAGAAGAGCGGUGGAAAGAAAAAGGCAGCAGGCCCAACGGGAUUUGAGGAAUUCUAUGCCGACCCACCUCUUACUCCAGAUGAAUAUGAAGAAGAAUGUGAUAUUUACCACAAAGGCCGAACAUUCGCUGCGCGUAUUGAGACAUGCAUUCAGCGAUACAGAGCACGACGCAAGUUUGAUAGCACUCGUGCGAAUAUUCUUACAAAGUAUUUUGCUUUGGGUGGAAUCGAAUCUGGCGCCAAAACUUUCAAUGGUGGUCUCGAUCAAGAAACUUUAGACAACUCCACUGCAGCUGAAAUCGCCGCUAUUCAAGCUACAGACUUUGUUCGAGCUAGCAACGCUAAAUACUAUGAUCCCUCAGAUACCGAGAAUUGGGUUGUGGAUUGGGAGGGAGUUGCCAAGGGCUUCCUAUCUUACAGAGCCCCUAGAAUACUUGGUGAUGGAGCAGAGGAAGUUACUAUGUUUUGCGGAGUGGUUAAAAACUUCCUGAACUACGUCUUGGCUCAUGAGGUAUGUAAAGAAUACACUAAAGAAGUCAUGGCCGCUCGGCGAUUAUGUGACGUAGCUGAAAGGGAAUUCGAUGCAAUCCGAUGUCUCCGUCAAAUGUUUCCCGGCGACUUCACUGUAGCCGCUUCAACACUGUUUGGUGAAAACUACAAGCGUCACUUUGAGAUCAAUUCGGCAUGGGCUAAUCCCGAGGACGACUUGAGUCAAUGGAAUACCAACAUACCGGUACUUAGUCUGCCUGUUUGUCAAUUUGUCUUUGGAGGGAUUGUUGCCUUCAUUGGCGACAAGAGCCACUUUGAUAAAGCCAAGAAUGGUGAUAUUCAUGUCGUGACAAUUGAAACCAGAUUCAUAGAGGUGGCAGAUGUUCAUCGUGCUUCGGCAAACGUGGUUAAAGAGUUCUCGCAUGUUAAAGAUCCUCGAGGAUUGGGUGCUCUAAAACCAAUCGGAAAGCUUUUAUGCAAAUCUUGGGAAGGUCCCGGCUUUGCCUAUGAAGACAAGACGGACGAUGGAAUCGAUGAACUUGACGAUUCCAUCGAAGAGUUCUGGAUUGAGGACGAAAUUUUACAACAAUGCUACCCGGGUCUUAAACUUGAAGUGGUUGUUCAUGAGCUUAACAUCGGAGUCAAAUAUUUUGAUCAAGUCGUGGAAUUCUUUCCUUCUUUCCAUCUUUACCUUCCGAAUGAGAAGAUGAUGGGAUGGAAAGAACCUGUUCCUAAUGAGAGACCGCCACCAACCGAGGACGACCCCGAUGCGGAGGAGAAAGUCAUGAAUGCCAUUGCAAAUGAUGCUGCCAAUGAGAUAGAACGUAUCUAGAACUUUAGCGUUGAUAUUCAUUGCGUUGACGAUUCAAGCACACGUGAUGAUGCUUUCUGUGAGCUUCAUUUAGUUUCAUGGUUCGUUUUCUGGGGGAAGUCUGAUUUACUUCUCUUACGGCUGGCAAAGUCUGUUAUAUUUCAAAUGGUCUUCAUAUCAGCAUUGAUAGGGCGAAUGGUAUUCUGCGUGGAUAUGCAAUUUGAUGAGGUACGACCAGAAAUAUGAUGGCAAGGUCGGGUUCCAUAGAAUGGAGGAGUUAAUUUGGAGGAAGAUUCAAAAUAGGAAGAUAUUUGGAGUCAGGGAUGAAAAAACGAUGCACAUUAGGAAGGGAAAUAAAUGGGUCAGCAAUCUGGCAAAGUCACUUCUGGCUUUGAAAAUAAACUACUGAAUAACA